AUGUCAGCAAGCGAGUUUUAUGAUUCAGGUAAAAUAUAUGCCAAAUUAUCAGGAACACCAUAUGAAAUUGGGUUCCAACAUGGUCAAAUUGCCAAAAAAUUGAUUAGACGGUGCAUUGAAGUUUAUUCAAAGCUAUAUUCUGAAGAAAAGAAUGUUACAUGGGAUGUAGCACGCUCUAGAGCUUUGAAAUAUCAGGAUUCAAUCAAGGCAAACUAUCCAGAGAUUUGGGAUGAGUUAAAUGGGAUUGCUACUGGUUCAGAAUUGGAUGUUUUAGAUAUCUUAGCCUUGAAUGUUAGAAGCGAAAUCACAUUGAUUGAUGUUGCUGAUGGUUGUACUUCAAUUGCUCAAAGAAAUUCCAAAACUGGUGAGGUAUUUAUUGGGCAGAAUUGGGAUUGGAUUCCAGAAAUUGAUGAAGCUACAUUGUUUUUAGAGAUUCAUCAAGAAGGUAAACCAACAAUCAUUAUAUUGGCUGAAGCUGGUAUAAUUGGUAAAUAUGGGUUCAAUUCUGAAGGAGUUGGUGCUAUGUUGAAUGCCAUUCCUUCUGUUAAAGUUGAUCCUAGUGGAUUACCUGUCCAUUUUGCCUUAAGAAAAGCUUUAGAACAAAAAAGUGUGGAUGAUGUUUUGAGUUAUCUUGAGCAUAAUAAAGUUGCGAGUGCUGCUAACUACCUUUUAGCUGAUCCAAAUCGCUACCUAACUUUAGAAGUUACUCCAAUUGGUAAUAAAGUUAUUGAACCAGAUGAAAAAACUGGAACAGUUUUACACACAAAUCAUUUUCUCAGUAAAGAGUUAUUUGAAUCAAUUGGCUCAGAUAAACCAAUUUUAAGUUCAAAUCCAAGGUUUGAAAGAAUUAAGGCAUUGUCUACUCCUGAUUUGGAUGCAAACUAUGAAAGCUUCAGAUAUAGAUUAUCUGAUGUUGAUAAUUCCCCUAACGGUAUUUGUCAUUUGCCUAGUGGUAAAAAAGGUCUUGCAAGUUGUAUUACCUUAUACACAAUUAUCAUCAACACUAAUAAAAAAGAAGGAAUCAUUACAUUAGGACCACCAAAUGAUCAAUCAUUACCUAGAUAUAAAUUAUCUUUUGAAUAA